UUCCAUAAAUAGACCUUUAUGUUUUUAAAUCUCGCGUGAUUAAAUAUGGCUGCCUUUGGAGUGCAUUUUGGCACGACUUCGGCAUGUCUUGCUGUUUACAAGGACGGAAAAACAGAUGUGGUGGCCAAUGAUCUUGGUGACCGGACAACACCGUGUAUAGUAGCUUAUACAGAUCUUGACCAGGCUGUUGGAGUUGCAGCAAAGCAAGGGAGUAUAAGGAACACACAGAAUACCAUUAGUUUUGUCAAGUGUGUAUUGGGAAGAUCAUGGGACGAUCCAGUCACCCAGGAUUAUGUCCAGAAAUCACCUGUGAAGAUUGAGAAUAAGAAUGGACAGCUGGUCUACCUGGUCAAUUUCAAAGGAGAAAUGAUUAAUGCAACACCAGUGGAUGUGGCAACAGCUAUUUACAAACAAAUGAAAGAGACUGCCAGUAGUCAUGGCGAUGGGGAUAUACACGACUCAGUUCUGGCUGUGCCUUCACAGUUUUCUGUAGAGCAAAGGAAAGCGUUUGGGGAGUGUGCUUCUCAGGCAGGAUUCAGUGUAUUACGGACAAUCAAUGAGCCAGUGGCAGCCUUGUUGGCAUAUGACUUAGGGCAAAUAGACAACACACUACACUGUAAUGUAUUAGUGUAUCGCCUUGGGGGCGACUCCACAGAUGUCUCAGUAGUCCGCCUUCACGCGGGACUCUACCGGAUUCUAGCGAGCACCAGCACUCAACAUGUCGCAGGAAGCAAGUUCACCAAUGUGCUAGCAGAUUUUUUGGCUCAGGAAUUUUACAAGAAGUAUAAGUUGGAUAUCAAGGAAAGUCGAAGGUCUUUAAACAAACUAAGGAUGGCCACAGAAAUAUGUAAACACACCCUGUCUACAUUAGAGAAUGCCCAGGUCUCUAUAGAUUCAUUACAUGAGGGAGUGGACUUUCACAGCAGUGUAUCCAGAGCCCGGUUUGAGAGCAUGUGUGGAUCUCUUGUACAGAAGUGUACUGCACUCAUAGAAGAUGUGUGUGCCAAAUCAGGUGUCAAUUCAUCAGAUAUAGAUAAGGUUAUUAUAUGUGGUGGUGGUGCUAAACCUCCAUUAAUACAAAAGGCAAUCUCAGACUAUCUAAGUAAUGCGGAGAUGUUGAAUUCUAUCCCACCAGAUGAAGUGAUAGCUAUUGGAGCAGCCAAACAGGCUGCCAUUUUAACAGGAGAUAAGGAAAGUGAACUCCUAGAAGGUGAAAAUGAAAUUGAAUGUCUAUCAAAGACUGUAUGUAUAAAAGCCAUGAAUAUCAACAAAGAUAUUGUAUUAUAUCCAAUAUUCCAAGAGAUGACCCCCUUUCCAGCACGAAGACAAGAAGUGAUGAAUUUAUGUCCAAAUCAAACAUCAAUGGAGAUGGAUAUUUGUGAAUGCACAGAUAUUGAAAAUCCAGACACUGCAAAGUGUUUAGGAAAAAUUGUGAUGAGACAAUUACCAGAAAAAGCCUGUAUAUCCAUGACUUUUCAUCUGAGGAGUGAAGGAUCAUUACAUAUAACAUGCCGUGAGGAGACAUCACAACAGAUGGAGCAGAUUACAUUAGAUGUCUGCGGCUGAUCUGUAAUGGACACGCUCAGGGAUAGUUGUUAUUUCCUGAAAAUGGACAAGCCAUAUUUGUGUAUAUGUGCUCUAUGUGGUUGUCAUAAAACAGAUUUGCUCAAGAUGAAAGAAAGUUGUGAAAAAGCUGUCUAUCCUAUAGUAUGGAUUUGAGAUAAGGAUAUUCCAAGCUUUUUCCAUGUUUUCCUGUUCUAAUGCAGCUUGGAAUUUUGACACCCAAGAACUGAAAUCUGAAAACAAAUACAAAAUCAACAGUCCAAUAAUGGAUCUCCUUUGUUGAAACCUUUUAAUUUCUGUGAAUUUAUUUUCUUUUACCGGCGUAUUUUGUUUUGAAUCUGUCAUAAGUAUAGUUAGCUUAUAUUACAAAUAAUUUUGCACAGGAAUACCAGGUAUAUAUUUCUAUGAGGAAGUCAAAAUAAUUAAAUAAAAUCUUUAAAAGUUG